GAUUUGGAGAAAACCAAAUGUGAGGAAGUUCUGGUGAAACGGGCACGUCAUGUUAUCACGGAAAUUAAACGUACCCAAGACGCUGCUGAGGCAUUGAAAAAUCAUGAUUUUGUUAGGAUGGGCGAACUAAUGACAAAGUCACAUAUGUCACUACGUGAUGAUUUCCAAGUAUCCUGCAUAGAAUUGGAUGUUCUUGUUGAUGCGGCCAUUAAUUGCUCUGGCGUCCUGGGAUCACGUAUGACUGGCGGUGGCUUCGGUGGCUGCACUGUAACACUCCUGCAACAGAGUGCCGUUGAUAAUGUUAUUACCACAAUGCGUGAGGAUUUCAUCAAGAAAUUCAAUAAAGACGCUGCAAAAAAUAUUGAAUUUUAUAUUUGUACACCGAGUCAAGGAGCCAGAAAAGUUCAUUUGUAAUCAACUCCAUGGGAGAUGAUGCAAUGCGUGUCCGUCGUCGUCGUCGUA